AUGUCUGAAACAAAGUCAUGUCCUGAGGAUCCUAAUACUUUCGAUGGAGAAGGUAAUAGUACGAUAAAUAGGAAAACAGAGACACUUCAGAAUAACUAUACAUAUCCAGAUGAAAUCUUUUUGAUUGACUUUGAGAAGGAUGAUCCUGCGCGAGCGAUGAACUGGCCAGUUUCGAAAAAGCUCGUACAUACUGCAUUGUACGGGAUGACAACGCUUGCGGCCCAGUUUAAUAGAAUUGCUUUUGGUCCAAUGGUGUUUGCACCUUUUUCAGAAAUGAACGGAAGAAAAAUUGGAGUCUUUUUACCCUUCUUCAUAUCCAUGUUACUUACCGCAGGAACGGCGAGUGCCGAUAACGUUGCAGCCAUUAUGUGCACUCGAUUUUUUUCUGGUUUAUUUGCUGGUGCACCUAUCGUUUCUACAGGCGGCGUCUUGGCCGAUCUUUGGAAUCCAGCACAACGAGCCACUGCUUUGGUUUUUUAUUCUUUUUUUGUUUUCACUGGUGCUGAUUUUGGUCCUAUCAUUAGUAGCUUGCUUACGAGAGGAUCUGACACAGCAUGGAGAUGGCCAUUGUGGUUUAUGGUGAUUGUUCAGUCUUUCAUUUUGCUUGUUGAUUUAAUAGUGGUUGAUGAAACUUACGGCCCAGUGAUCUUAGCUAAGAGAGCUCGAAAUUUACGACUUUCAACGAAAAACUGGGGUUUGCAUGCUGCCCACGAUAAAUAUAAGCUUGAUGCAAAAGAAUUUAUAACAUUCCAUCUUUUGCGUCCUUUUGCUAUGUUAGCAACCCCAAUUGUUUUCUUCAUAGCUCUGUUCGCUAGUUACGUGUAUGGUAUACUUUACAUAGUGUUAACUACUAUUCCGUACACGUUCUACUUGUCAAGGAAUUGGCAGGGAACAGUCAGUACUCUCCCCAUGAUUGCAAUCUUUUUAGGCGUAAUAAUCGGCGGAAUUUGUAAUAUGCUCUGGAACAGAAAAUAUGCAAAGCUGCUUUUGACAAAUAAGGGUGAUCCUCUCCCCGAACAAAGACUACCCUUAAUGAUGAUUCUCGGCUGGCUCAUGCCAGCAGGGAUUUUUGUCUUUGCUUGGACAUCUGAUACCAAUAUUCACUGGAUUGCUCCGUUUAUUGGCAUAGCAAUGAUAGGUAUUGGCUUUUUAAUUAUAUUUCAAGGUUGUUUAAAUUACCUUGUGGAUACAUUCACAAAGUUUGCUGCAUCGGCGAUUGCGGCAAACACAUUUACAAGAUCAAUCUGCGGUGGUACUUUUCCAUUGUUUGCUCGUAUUAUGUUUAAGAAGUUGGGCGUUCACUGGGGUGGUACUCUAGUGGGUUUUAUUGCGCUGGGGAUGAUUCCAAUCCCUUUCUUUUUUUAUUUUUUUGGUAAAAACUUACGUGGAAAAAAUCCGUAUGUAAACCUCGUUUCUUAA